AUGGCCUCCAAAACAGAAGCAGCGACCUACACACACGGCCACCACGCCUCAGUCCUGCGCUCCCACAGCACCCGCACAGCCCUAAACUCCGCCAGCUUCCUACUGCCCCACCUCAAGCCAGACAUGAAAAUCCUGGACAUAGGCUGCGGGCCCGGCACCAUCACCGUUGACCUAGCAACCUACGUGCCACAGGGCCACGUAACCGGCCUAGAGCGCGUCUCGUCCGUUCUCGCCGGCGCCGAAGCGCUCGCGUCCUCACGCGGGAUAACCAACAUCUCCUUCGUGACCGGCGACGGCAACGGGCUCAGCUAUGCCGACGAGAGCUUCGACGUGGUAUUCUGCCACCAGGUGCUGCAGCACGUGGCGGACCCAGUCGGCAUGCUGCGGGAGAUGAAGCGGGUGACGAAGAAGGGGGGAUAG